AUGCGCUUCUAUCUUGGUCCCUUGUCGGCUCCAGAACACAAAGGACAGUUCCUUUUAAUAGUCCCGGAGGAGACACUUGAUGACUACUCUUUUACUGCCUAUUGGACUUUAGACGGAACGCCAGACUUUUAUUCCGGCACCUUCUCAGAUAUCCAGUUCGAUAAUGUGAGCCGGUUCCCGGUCAAAUCAGUUCAUCAUGGAGAAAAGGGUAGUUUCUUUUUUCGAUUCAACUACAUCAGCGAAACGAUACUGGAUGGUAUCACGAUGGAAUUACAUUGGGACGGUCAGAGUAAUGCCGUAGCUACCCUUGAACCAUUGGAGGCCGAAGAUUUUGGCGGGUCUCAAGGUGGUCCUGAGUCAUCCAUUUACGCAGGAAUUCUGUCAGGAUACCCGGAAACAGAUGGCAGGCUAUUCAUUCUCACGAUACCGUGGGAUAGUGCAGAUGAGGAGACGGCUAGUAUUGCCCUCUUCUCCCUUUCGGAUAGUGCAAGGUCCCCAGUUCAUCCUCAAAUUGAGCAAGACAGUGUGGUGUUUGAGACCUGGCAACGGCCACAACUCGGCAAGGGGAGGUUCACUGCACGGUCUCCGCGCUGGGUCCUAGAGGGCGAGAGUCGCGACAAUGAUAGAACUGCCCUACAUAUAUGGGUGAAACCAUGUCCGACUCUUGCAGCGGAAAAUGGCUCCCAGGUAGAAAUAGACACCGAAACAAUGUCAUCCGAUCCAGUCAGGCUGUCUCUUAUCUCCGGGCCAUCGUUUUGGUUUGUUCCCAUAGCCCUAACUCUAAUCAACGAUUCUGGCCAGACUUUGCAAUACUGGACUGCCCGAGGAGAUCCCCAUAUAGCUGAGGAUAUGUUCAAUCUCGGUUUGGAUGUUCUCUCAUUCGUUGCUCCCAAUUGGUCGCCGUCCAAGUUGGUGGGAAUGGUGACCAAAGGCAUUGAUGUUGUUCAAAAGAUCAGAGACAAGGUCAAGACUUUAGUGAAACCUUUUUCACUAGAGGGGGCAAAAGGUACUGUAUUAUCGAGCAUCGACUUUUUGCAAAGAAAGACGGGCAAAAUCGGGGAAGUGGAGCUGCUAGAGCAUAGUCAAAGAGUUACCUUCUGGGACUUUGAUGGAACAAUUAGUGGCACCAUUGUAAUGUCCAUAACUUGGUUUGGCUUCGAUCGAGAAACCAGUAUCUUAACGUUCUAUACGGCGAAAAGAGAGUUCAAUAAAUUGCAGAGUCAACAAGUGAAGGCCAGUGACCUCUUCGACAGGAAACGUGACUUCAAGGGGAGCGAGAGACUGAAGCGGGUGGGUAAAAUGAAGAGCAAAUUGCCGGAUCCAUGGGAGCGAAGCGAAAAGUCAAUAAAGCUGGCUCAAUCAGAUUUUGAAUCUAACUUCCAUGGCGAAAAGCUUGCGAGUUUGACGCUCACCAAGGGAGUUGGCAACAUGGACAAUCUGUCGAACGUACCUCCAGUCUGGCCAAACGGGAUUAUAUAUGACCCGGUAACCACAGAUUGCUAUAAGACAACAUUUGAUUGGAAGUCUGCAGACGUUUCUGGAGACCAGCCGGUGGGCUAUCUGGAUAGCAACGAUCUAUUGUUCAUUCAGGGGGAUGACGACGAAUACCCUGCCGACGAUUGCUCCCAGUUCGAUACCAGGGGAACAUUUGUCAAAGACUACUUCUUCCAAUCAGACACGGGCGACAAAGAGCAGAAUGAAGCUCUAUCCUUCUCUAACAAGAUAGUGUUUCUGGAGUACGCGUAUAUCGAAGAAGGCAACAAGAACAGUGGAUAA